ACCGGAUUAAUAAAAAACGAAAUAAGAGAAAAUAAAUUCUAUAACGAAUAAUUCAUGACACAACCUGUCUUCAAAUGCAAGUGGCGCCCUCAUCGUGACAACUGAAAAAACAACAUGUCUGACAAAGUUGGAUUGAGUAAUUAAACACGUAUUAUUACUGACUUGAUGAGGAAAUGAUACCUUAUAAAGUUUUUAAUACAUACUUAUAAAGACAUACACAAUGGACAGAAGUUUAGGGUCUCGACUGCAGACAUUGUUUCAACAAUUGGAAAAGAUCGGGGGCAAGCAGGCAAGAAACCAGACUAGCACUGAGGACCUACAGUCGAUUAGAUAUGUCACUACUAAAAUCUACCAGAUUCUCAACUCACAAGCCUCUGGUAAUAUACAGAGUCCUGACAAAGCUCACAGGGACACAGUCAUUAAGAACUCGGGAUGGAUCGAUCUAAUUCUGGCUACUUUAAAGAACACAAGUGACAGAGCUGUACUUUUGAACACAAUACAGAUUUUAGCAGAAAUUGUAGGGAAAACUCAGGUUGGUAAACGAGCCAGUGUGCUAGUGAGUGCCAAUGCCACCAACAUUUUAUUCCAGCUGGUCUAUAGAGAGGCUGAGGACCAAAUGUCCACCGACGAAACCAUGAUGCUGGCUCACUACAUCCUGGGAAAACUCUCCCAGAAAGACCGUAAAUUUGCAACCAAAGCAAGACUUAACUUGGUCCUGUUAAUCACUCUGAAUUUGAUCAAGAAUAAUCUGUACAACUUUAAGAAUCUUCAGUCAUUACUACAGGUGUUCAAAGCCUACACAAACAAUAGUGUGAAUGCCUCCUACCUGGGGAAGCAGAACUCCAUUCCUCCCAUGUUCCGCGUGAUCCAGCAAUGUGGGAGGAAACACACAGCGAUCCUGAAGCUGGCGCUGGACAUCCUGACAAACCUCACCAAGUCAAGGAACAAUGCAGCAAGAACGAUAGGUGGGGAGCACGUCCCACAUCUAUUGGCACUGUACCAUGAAUGGCACCAGCUGGACACCAAACACAGACAUGUCAGUCUCAGGAAAGCCAUCCUAAACAUCCUGAAAAAUAUCACCAAUCUCCGCUCUGGGAGGAAGGCCCUGGCUGAUGCUAAUGGGAUCCAGGUCCUGUAUGACAGUGCCCUGGAGGUGAUAGAUUGUCGGGAGAUGGAGAGCUUGAUUCUUCUGGCCAGCGUUAUCAUGAGGAAGUGCUGUCCCAGAAAUAAACUGCCCCUAGACAAUCUACAGAGUCCAUACUGCCAGGAACUGCCCGAGUCUGACCUGUAUCCAACAGGACAAGAUGGGUUGAAUGACAAUGGUUUUAAUGGUAACUCCCCGGACAGUGAUAACAGCUCACUAGAGGAGGAUGACGACAUUGAUUCCGAUGAUGAAAGGUUCAAAACAGAGGACCAUUCAGAAGAGGCUGAGGAUGAUGCCACUGAAGCACCAGAGCCAUACAAGAGAACUCCAGAGGACCUGAGAAUGUACGACAAUUUCUUCCCAGAACUGUUUGAAAUUGAGCCCCAGGAUGAUGAUGAGCCGUCAGCUUCUAUUUAUAUCCCCACGGGUAACAUAGACUCCUACGGAACUGUUCCUUCUGAGCCUGAGCCCAGACAAACUGCUGUCAGAAUGCCAACAGCCUCCAGUUACUCCAGCUCUAAAAGUAGUGGCUACAGCUCCUUACAUUACGAUACACCAGACUACGAGUCUUACGGUGCUACGCGGUGUGACUCCGCCACUGCCAUCAACCUUAAAACCGGAACCAGUGUGUUCUCAUUGGACGGACCCUUAUCUCAACCAGCCAAAGCCCCGCCCAGUGCCAAACCCAAACAACUGCUGCAAAAAUCAAACAGUUCCUCCUCCUCACUUCGUAAGCAGAAAGGAAGUAAGAAAAUAGCAAAAGACAAAAAGAAGAAGAGUUCUUCCUCCUUGUCUUCUCCAGCCAGUACAGGAGUGAGGCUGAAUGAAGCAGAGACCGAGUUCUGUAAUGCGUUGUGUAUCACCCCAUUCCCCUCCUCCAGUAAGGAGUUUGACCUUGAUCGGGAGGGGUACAGCAGUGAUGAGGAGGAGAUGGACCAGUGCCUUCACAGCCCCAUCGUAUUCCAGGAACUGGCUGGUGCCACCAAGAGUGUCUUCAGGUUUGAGAAGCUGGCAUAUCCAGACUUAGUGGGAGGGAAAUCCCCACCUAGUCUGGAGGGACUGUAUCACAGAAAAUUUGGAGUUCAGAGGAUGAAAGUGUUUGAGGACAUAGACAGAAUGAUCCACCCAGAACAUGUUAUAGACCGCGUGGUGUAUGAUGUGGAUACCGUGGUAGCCCGGGCCUCUAGUGCCUACUCCCCAUCUAACUCUAACCUCAGUAACAGGGACCAGAUGAGGAUAGGAAGUCGACUUGAGGCUGGUGGGUCUGCUUCAUUACGUUUUAAUUCACAGUUUGAGAGUGGCAAUCUCAGGAAGGCCAUCUGGGUUCGAGAGUUUGAGUAUGACCUUAUUUUAAACCCAGAUGUGAACACCAAUCACCACCACCAGUGGUUCUAUUUUGAGGUCAGCAAUAUGAUUGCUGAUGUGCCUUAUAGGUUUAACAUUGUCAACUGUGAGAAACUCAACAGCCAGUUUAACUUUGGAAUGAAACCGGUGAUGUUUUCUGUGACUGAAGCCAUGGAUGGAAAGCCAUAUUGGUUUAGGAAGGGCUCCACCAUCUGUUACUAUAAAAAUCACUUCACUCGCAGUGCCCAGGCAACGGGGGGAGUCAAGGGAAAGACUUAUUAUACUGCCACCUUCACUGUGACUUUCAAACAUGACAAAGACAUCUGUUACCUAGCAUACCACUAUCCUUACACAUUUACCACUCUACAGACCCAUCUGAACCUGUGGGAGCAGUAUCUAGACCAUACUCAGAUCUUCUUCAGGAAACAGACCCUCUGUAAUACAAUCACUGGUAACGGGGUCCCUGUCCUCACCAUUACAGCCCAGCCCAAGUCACUGAGCAAGGACUUUGUGGAUGACCUCAGAAGUAGACCAUACAUAUUUCUAUCAGGAAGAGUUCAUCCAGGAGAAAGUAACUCUAGCUGGGUCAUGAAAGGCACAAUAGAUUUCCUGUUGAGCAAGAGACCUGCAGCCCAGCUACUGAGAGAGACCUACAUCUUUAAGAUUGUCCCCAUGCUAAAUCCUGAUGGUGUCAUCAAUGGAUGGUUUAAUACCUUUGUCUGCCUUCUGCAUCUGGCCUCUGAUUUUCAGGUUUUCUGUGACUACCAUGGUCAUUCCAGAAGAAAGAACAUUUUUAUUUAUGGCUGCUGUCCCACCCUGUCCUACAUACAGAAUGACACCAAAAAUCCAGCAUGCACAGGAAAUAAGACAGAGGAUAAUUCAUUUAAGACAUUACCCAGAAUCCUUCAUCUGACCUCACCCGUGUUUUCAUGGCAGAAUUGUAGCUUUGUAGUAGAGAAAGCAAAGGAAACCACUGCUCGUGUGGUGGUGUGGCGACAGAUUGGUGUUAUACGCAGUUAUACUAUGGAAAGCUCAUACUGUGGCAUUGACAAGGACGGAAAAUUCAAGGACCAGCAUAUUUCUACCUUUAUGUUGGAGGAGAUGGGACAGAAGUUUUGUGAGGGACUACUGAGACUGAAGACCAGACACUCGGGAAAGGAUCAAGCAGUGUCCCUCCCAUUCAUGGAGGGAGGACCCUCCUCUAAUGAGCCCACUCAAGAAUCUGGCUCCGAUGAAUUGCUGGCAGAGGCUGAUGAAGAUAUAAACCUCCCUGAUGAACAAAUCCUUUACGGGGCUGAGGAUGAGGAAUAUGAUGAGGAUGAUGAAGAUGAAAUGUACGAGGAAGAUGAAACUUAUGAUGAUGACAGGAAUUAAACAAAGAAGAUUCUGAAUGGAUCCAGAGAAGGGUGGAAUUAUGGUGGAAUUAAACCUAAAUGAGUGCUUAAGGCUUGUGAUUAGUGAUUAGUAAAAUGUAUACAAUGGACAUAGAGAUUGUCAUAGAAUGGAGAUUCAUAAAGGUUGUUAUGUAGGGAAAAAAGAGAUAUCCGUGAUGUCAAACAAGGUAGCUACCAAAAGAAAGAAGAUAGAGAUCUGUUUGUGUUUGCAUUUAUGGCAAUCAAUUGCUUAUUGAUCACCAUAUACAGUGUACAUGUAUUGAGUCAGUUUUUUGUUUUUCACAGAGGUAACUUCAUAUAACAUAGGUUGUUUUUUUUUUAUGAAUUUUUAUUUCACAUACAUGUAAUUAUUAAUAAGUCUUCAGCAUUGGUGAUAUUUGAAUUCAAAUUUUAACUUAGGAAAUAUAUCUGACAGCUGAUUUAAUUCUUUUAAAUGCAUUCAGUAAGUAGUCUCUUUUGUUAUCUAUUGUGUGCAGUAGAGAUUCCAAGAUGAGGCCAAAAAAAAAUUAAUUAAUAGUUUCUCAGGCCAAAAAAUUCAAAAUUCAAUGCGGCAGGCAGGCUUCUUUUUUUUUUUUUUUUUUUUUUGGGAAGCAGGUUUUACAACUUUUUUUUUGUAAGUCAUUUGUGCAGUAAAAUCAUAAUAUCUACUAAUUCUUAAGUUUUAUUCUCUGAAAUUAGUUAUAAUAUGCAUUCAACUUUAAAUAAUGUUAUUCCAAACAUUUAUUUAAAAGUUAACUGAUAAAACACUUUAUA